AUGGCUUCGAUACAAUAUCUCCGACCGGCUGCCCGCCGAGCACUGCAAAUCCGGACGUGCGCGGCGUGCGGCGCGGCGUCUAGCCAGCGCGGCUUUUCCGUCUUUAACCGGCCGCCGCCCAACUACGAAGGCCAUGUGCCAUUGACAAAGAUUGAGCGAGCCGGUCUCGCCAUCGGCUCCGGUGUCAUGUCGCUCAUCAAUCCCUACCGCCACGACCUCAUCGCAGCCCUCGGCGAAGCGACCGCGACCCCGUACUUCAUCUACCGCCUGCGCGACGCCAUGCUCGCCGACGCCACCGGCCGCCGGAUUCUGCGCGACCGACCGCGCAUCUCCUCGCGCACGCUGUCCAUGACGCGCCUGCGCGCCCUCCCCGAGGGCACCGUCGGCCGCGCCUACGUCGACUGGCUCGACCGCGAGGGCGUCACACCCGACACGCGCUCCGCCGUCCGCUACAUCGAUGACGAGGAGUGCGCUUACGUCAUGCAGCGCUACCGCGAGUGCCACGACUUCUUCCACGCCGUGACCGGCCUGCCCAUCGUCAAGGAGGGCGAGGUCGCGCUCAAAGCCUUUGAGUUUGCAAACACCCUGCUGCCCAUGACGGGGCUCAGCAUGCUGGCCGUCAUAACGAUGAAGAAGAAGGAGCGCGAGCGCUUCUGGGCGAUAUACCUGCCGUGGGCGCUGCGCAACGGCGUCCGCAGCAAGGAGGUCAUCAACGUCUACUGGGAGGAACGCCUGGAGAGCAGCGUCGACGAGCUGCGACACGAGCUCGGCAUCGAGCAGCCGCCGGACCUGCGCGACAUUCGGGCUAGGGAGCGGGCGGAGCGCAAGAAACAGGCAAAGCAGACUGCAUAG